GUACUCCAGUCCGCAACUUGCUGAGGAACCCCUGGGAGCAAGGUCGCGAAGACAAAAGAGCGCGCACGGGUGACGGACCAGACUCGCUCUUCGCUUCUUUGCAUGGCGAUCGGGACGGAACGGAGGCAGAGACGAUUGGCUACCGGCCCAUGGGCGGCGACAUUGAGGACGAGGAACUGAUAUUAAGGCCCUUCAGGCAACCGAACUUCGACGACGCCGCUCCAGCAGGAAUGCAUGAGGAGGACGCGGAGCCAAUUACGAUUGCUGGAAUUGCGGCUUUUGACUUGCUUCAGCAACAACUUGCCCCUAUGACAUCCAUUGUCCGUGAGCUUAAUAAGGACUUUGAUAUGUUGAGCAACAACGUUGACAAACAGGGCAUCGACUGGACGGACCGCAUUGAGACGGUGGAGGCAAGUGUCAACACGAACGAGAUGCGCAUCGACAAGCUGGAGAGCAUCUACGAAGGCAUGCGACGGGCUCCCGACACCGACGCCGUAGAGGUACAAAUCAAAGAGUGCAUCCAACACACCUUGUCAGACAAGGCGACCACGUGGCUGAAGGACAAGCUGAAUACCCUCCAGAGCCCUGCGCCAAUUAACGUCUACUCGAUGUGUGCGUUCCAGGGGAUCGUGUUCGCAGAGUUCCGUGGGACGGACGACAGGGACUUGGCCGUGAACUUGCUUC